AUGUCCAAGCCUUCACCACCAUCAUGCAAGUGGAGAUCAACAACACAAAAAAAAGAAAAAAUGCAAAAGAUUGGUUCAAAUAUUAAGAAAAUUAAGAAGGGUUAUUCAUCAUCCAACCCCCUUAGAAAUUGUAUUAAUAAUACUCAACAUUGUUCUUAUUCCGAUUAUCAAUCUCAUCAUUCAUUUUCUAAAGAUGUUAUAUUUACUAAUGAAAGUGGUAUUGAUGUAAUGAAUAAUGGAUUAUUAAAUAAGGGAACAUCAUUUAGUAAAACAGAACGUGAUAGAUUAGGUAUUAGAGGGUUAAUUCCACCAACAGUUUCAAAUAUAGAUACUCAAUUAAUGAGAUUAAAAGAAAGAUUUAGUACCAUUCAAACAGAUAUUGAAAAGUAUCAAUUUUGUACACAAUUACAUGAUCGUAAUGAGACUUUAUUUUACUAUUUUAUUGUAAAUAAUAUUAAGGAAUUAGCUCCAAUUAUUUAUACACCAACUGUUGGAAAGGCUUGUGAAAACUUUUCACAUAUUUUCCGUAAACCAAGAGGAAUGUUCUUUUCAACUUUAGAUAAAGGUGAAAUGAAAUCAAUGGUUUAUAAUUGGCCAGUUGAAGAAGUUGAUGUUAUAGUUGUAACUGAUGGUGGUAGAAUUUUAGGUUUAGGUGAUUUGGGUGCUAAUGGUGAUGGUAUUCCAAUUGGUAAAUUAUCUUUAUACGUUGCUGCAGGUGGUAUUAAUCCAGGAAGAGUUUUACCUGUUUUAUUGGAUGUUGGUACAAAUAAUGAAAAGUUAUUUAAUGAUCCAUUAUAUUUAGGAUUGAGACAAAAGAGAUUAACAGGACCUGAAUAUUAUGAACUAGUUGAGGAAUGGGUAGAUGCCAUAGUUUCAAGAUGGCCAAAUGUAUUAAUUCAAUGGGAAGAUUUUUCAAGUGAUAAAGCAGAUGCACUCUUACAAAAAUAUCGUGAUAGAAUUUUAUGUUUCAAUGAUGAUAUUCAAGGAACUGCAAGUGUUAUUCUAUCAGGUGUUUUAAAUUGUUUAAGAGCUACUGGUCAAUCAUUUUCAGAUAUAACAAAACAAAAGAUUUUAAUUGUUGGUUCAGGUGCUGCUGGAAUGGGUGUUGUUUCUGGUUUGAAAGAAGCAAUGAAAAGAGAAGGUUUAACUGAAGAAGAAGCAUUGAAGAAUUUUUAUAUUGUUGAUAAAGAUGGUUUAUUAACAAGUGAAAGAUUAAAUGAAAUGGGAUCAACAUUAUCUGAUACUGCAAAAAUGUUUGCUUAUGCUAGAAAUGAUAUGAAAGAAGGAUCAUCACUACUUGAUGUUGUAAAACAAGCUGAACCAGAUAUUUUAUUAGGAAUGUCAAGUCAACCUGGAUUAUUCUGUGAAGAAGUAUUAACAUAUUUUAAUUCAGCAUGUAAGAGAAAGGGAAAGACACCAAUUGUAUUCCCACUUUCAAAUCCAACAUCUAAGGCAGAAUGUACAGCUGAAUCAGUAUUUAAAAUAACAGAUGGAAAUGCUAUUUUUGCAAGUGGAUCACCAUUUAAUCCUGUACCAUUACCUAAUGGACAAGUUAUUCAAACAUCACAAGCAAAUAAUAUGUUUGCUUAUCCAGGUGUUGGUUUAGCUGCUGUUUUAUCAGGAUGUAAUACUAUAUCAGAUAAUAUGUUUUAUGCUGCUUCUAAAUCACUUGCUGCAACUGUUUCAGAUGAAGCAUUGAAGAGAAAGGAAAUUUAUCCACAUGUUGAAGAUAUUAGAGAAGUUAGUAAGAAGGUUGCAAUUGGUGUAAUGAGACAAGCAUAUUAUGAAGGUAAUGCAAAGAAACUUAAACAUUUACCAAAGGAAUUUAUUGAUUCUGAUAUUGAAAUGGAUAAAUAUGUAUCAACAAGAAUGUGGACUCCAAAAUAUGUACCAAUUGUCGUAAAGGAUUAA